AUGAUGUCUGCACGUUCCUAUCUUGUUUCCAGGCACGCCUCGCCGCCCCAACCUCGACCUAAAUCUACACCUACACCUACACCUAUUCCCACCUCCCACCUUCGAUCCUCUUCUUCUGCGCCUGCGCCUACACCUACGUCCAUCCGUACCAUAGCUGAGGAAUAUGAACGCUUCCCUCAACAUCCUACACCAGUUACCGUCAGCAACAGCAGCCGUGUUACCGCUCCCGCCAUGCCCUCCAAGCGAAGAGAGACCAGUCGCCUUGGGUCCUCUGCCCUGAGCCCUCCUCGAACAACCACUACGAUUUCUCGUCCUAUAACCCCAUCGACUCCUGUUCAGAUUCCAUCCAGACCAAAGUCUCGCGAUACCCUUCGUCCCCAAAAACCACAUCGCCACCAUGGCGACCGAAGGCACAACUCGGCGUCGCACCGUCCCAAGGAUGGACACUCACCAGAUGUCAUUCCGCCAUCUGUGGCUGCGCUGCUUGCCAUCACGAGCAUUCCACCGCCUAGGCAGACCAGGAGUGUGAGGCAGGCCAAGAUGGAGAAGCGCAUGACUGUUGAGUCCAUCAUCGAGAGAGCCCAAGAAUCCGAGAAGGAACUCAGCUUGUCCUUGAGCAAGAGUCCAUUAGAUCUGCUGCUGAUGUCACCCGAGGAUCUCGAGGCGGAGUCAGACAGCAUGUCUUAUUGCGAGAGCUCGAUGGGUUCGGUUCUGUCGACGAGGACUGUCUCUCUGGAGUCUAUGCCAUCUCUUUGCAACUCUUACGCUACCGAUACACUUUCUUCCUUGGAAUCUCCCCGGACACCAAUUAGGAGGCGGAGUGUCAAGCCUACUCGGCGUUCCUUGACCCCCGUUGCUUCCCCUCCGGAGGAGGUCUUGUCUCACCCGCUCUCAUCGCCCGAGGUGGCGGUUGAGCAGUUGGAUUUCAGCGUUUUUGACGAGGACAAGGCUGAAACCCAAGACAAGAAGGUUUCGCGAUCGCCUUUCAAGGCCGCAUUCAAGUCGAAUCUGACCGCUUCGUUGCGCGCCUUGCGCCAGGCCGCCAAGUCGUUCUCGAACCUGAACUUCACAUCGAUCCCACCAGAAGACUUUCUCACCAGGUCUAUUCUCACCAUCGACCCGCAGGUCCCUUACACUGAUGAGCGCAGGCCACCUCCACUUGAGGAAGAGCCAACCGCAGCCUUGCGUCGCUACCUCAACCCGACGACAACUGCGCGACUCGAGAAGCCGCAGUCUAUCACCAAUGGUCCCGCCCUACGAACAUUUACGGCAUCGAUUCAGAUGCAAACAUACAAGGUCCACCGAGCGCGAAGUGGACCUUCUCCUGGCCGCUCUCCCUACCCAUCAGUAGGACCAUCUUCGGCAUCAAACACAUCGCAACAGCAACAGGUCAAGCCGACGCCCCCCGAGUACCCCAUGCCUGGACCACGCCAGCGGGAAAUGCGCGAGAACCCCGACUUCAUCCGCAUUGCUGUUAUGGAGAUGGCCAUGCGCAAACGGGGCAAGCUGGACGACCAACGGCCGGGCCGGGCAAGGUGGGCUCUGCCGCCCCGAAAACCUAGCACGAAGCCGUACGAGGUUGGUCCGGAUGGAGUUCCAGCCAGAUGGGUUCCUGUCAGCUGCUGA